GUUAUAUGUUAACCAGCCUGACAUUCUAAUCUCCUCAGUGUUUAACCUUUGUUCAGAUAGACUCCAUUUCCAGAGAGCUCUACCUUCUUGUCAGUCUAAAGUAGAAAAAGAAAAACGGGAAGAUUAUAAAUAGAAAACAUCUGUAAGAAAAGCAAAUGUAAUCUGGAAAGAGAAAGGAGUGAUGCAAGUAUAACAGUGAUGUUUGACAAGGACUCUUCUUAGGGGAAGUGGUUGUCCUGGAGAGAAAAGAAAGUGUUGCAUAAGUACUUCCAAGUUUUAUCAAGAAAGAGGAUCUGAGUUGCUGAAGGUCAUGGCUCCAGAACAGUUUCUUGUGGGAAUAGCUAUACUGUCCUUAUCAACCAGCACUGGAUCAAGCCCCUGCCAGACUGAAAACAAAGGAAUGCUGAACUGCAGCAAAAGAAAUCUGUCCUACCUUCCAGACUCCAUUCCAAGAAGUAUAAGUAGACUGGAUCUGUCUUCAAACUCACUGAAUUUGUCUGAAGUCAGAAAUUCUCUACAUGACUUUUCAUCUCUAAUCUUUCUGAAUCUUUCCAAUAACUAUAACAAUGUCCUAAACAGUAAGACCUUUGCAGGGCUGUUGAAACUCCAGACACUGGAUAUAACUGGAUGCAGUCUUACCUUCCUUGAUACUGAAGUCUUCAAAAAUGUGGUUCAGCUGAAAGCUCUUAUUCUUAGAAACAACAAACUUCAAUAUCUUCAACCAGCUCACUUCAGCAGCCUUAGGGUGCUAAAGUUUCUGGAUUUGAGUUUCAACAACAUAAAAAUGAUGGACAAGAAACUUCUCCAACAACUUGAAAACAUCCAAAGUGUUCAGUUAAGUGGUAACCCCUGGACCUGCAACAGUUCGGUAUAUCCUUUAAAGCAGUGGCUGAAAGAUAAAAAAGUUUCAGGUGUGAUAUGUGCAGUGCCUCCAGAACUUCAGGGAAGAGACAUCCUAACACUGACCAUUAAAGUUCCUAACAUUAAGGAGCUGCUCCGUUUCCGCAGAUCUGAAAACAGUUCUCCUACACCUCUGAAUGGAACAUUCACUACCACAUCUUCUCCUCAGAAAGCUGAUUAUACUUGGCAGUACCUCGUGGGUGUUCUUGUUGGAGCAAUAUCAUUGUCUCUCCUUCUUGCCCUUGCAGUGAAAUGCAAACUCUUCCAGAAGUAUAUUGCAAGCUACCGCCAUCGGCCUUUGUCAGAGGGAGAUUACUCUAGUCAGUACGAUACAGAGUCAACAGAUGUUGUCAUAGCUGGGAGGGGAUGGGAAGGAAUGCCACCAUCCCAGGUGAGGAAUCCAGCAAAUCGGGAUGUUAAUGAGGAUGAUGAUGGCUUCAUUGAAGACAAUUACAUACAGGCAACUGACAAAAAAGAAGAGGAUGAAGAUGAAGAUGAUGACAUUAGUUUUACUCUUCAGUAGUAUUGACAAAAUGCAGAUUAACAUAUCAUACCAGAUGUCACAAACUUGAUAUGCAGAGAUUAUUCCAGCAAAUUCUCAACCUAUUUUUGGAGGUGUGGGAUGAUGGACUCACACUGAAAGUGUGAUUUUUUUACAGAAGCCUCUAUUAAGAAGACAUGCUUGCAUAUUUAUUUUGAUUUAUUUGCAGAUGUGCUUUUUUGAGUUUUUAAAGGAGGGCUGUUGAUUAAAAGAAUUCCUCCUGACUAUCUGAGAAGGACUUUAGUCUUUCUUUUACUCCUGUCAACACACUCCAGUACUCUGUGCAUCCCAACUUGCCAGUUUGUAACUAUAAUGCUACCAGAAACCUUAGAAGUAGACACAUGAGAAGGGUGCAAAGCAUGCACAGAUCAUGAGAAUCUAAUGGUAAUGGAGAGCUAGUAGGCAAGAACGUUGGGAGGCGUAUGCACUGUAUGGAAUUCAGUACAACUUCUUUGGAAGAGCGGACAGUGAUAGGACCCUCAGUGUGUUAGAGUGUAUGCAUGUGUGAGAGUGAGAGAGAGAGAGAGAUCAAUCGCGUUAUUAUUUUACAUUCACUAAGCAGA